ACAGUUGUCAAAGUGCUUUUGCCAGAGCGGUCACAUAAUCAACCUGAAAGAAGAAAAUAAAUACUGUACACUUUUAAAUUUCAUCGAUCCUUAAAAACUGGAUAUUUAAAGCUGCGCAAACCAUGCAGGAUGAUUUACUGAUGGACAAAAGCAAAACCCAGCCCCAGUCCCAGCAGCAGCGGCAGCAGCAGCAGCAGCAGCCCCAGCCCCAGCCUGAGCCCAGUGCAGCCGAAGCGCCAUCCACGCCCCUCUCCUCAGAUACCCCCAAGCCAGAGGACAGCAGCGCAGUGCCAGCCCUGAGCCCCUCCGCGGCCCCACCGGCCCCCAACGGUCCGGACAAGAUGCAGAUGGAAUCGCCGCUCCUACCGGGCUUGAGUUUCCACCAGCCGCCUCAGCAGCCGCCACCGCAGGAGCCCGCAGCUCCGGGCGCGUCGCUGUCGCCGUCCUUCGGCAGCACCUGGUCCACAGGCACCACAAACGCGGUGGAGGACAGCUUUUUCCAGGGGAUCACCCCAGUCAACGGGACCAUGCUCUUCCAGAAUUUCCCGCACCACGUCAACCCCGUCUUCGGAGGCACCUUCUCCCCGCAGAUCAGCCUGGCGCAGACCCAGCACCACCAGCAGCCGCCGCCUCCCGCGCCCCAGGCGGCGCAGCCCGCGCAGCCCCCGCAGCCUCAGCCGGCACAGCGCCGCUCGCCUGCCAGCCCCAGCCAGGCGCCCUACGCGCAGAGGAGUGCUGCGGCCGCGGCGUACGGCCACCAGCCCAUCAUGACCAGCAAGCCCUCCUCGUCCUCGGCCGCCGUGGCUGCCGCUGCUGCAGCUGCUGCCUCGUCCGCCUCGUCCAGCUGGAACACACACCAGAGCGUGAACGCAGCCUGGAGUGCGCCAUCCAACCCUUGGGGCGGCCUGCAGGCGGGCCGGGACCCUCGCCGGGCGGUCGGCGUGGGCGUGGGUGUGGGCGUUGGAGUGCCUUCUCCGCUCAACCCCAUCUCGCCGCUCAAAAAGCCCUUCUCCAGCAAUGUGAUCGCGCCGCCCAAGUUCCCCCGUGCCGCCCCGCUCACCUCCAAGUCUUGGAUGGAGGAUAAUGCUUUCCGGACCGAUAAUGGUAACAAUCUGUUGCCAUUUCAGGACCGGAGUAGGCCCUAUGACACUUUUAACUUGCAUUCGUUGGAGAACUCUUUAAUGGAUAUGAUAAGGACUGAUCAUGAGCCUCUGAAAGGACGCAUGGGAAUAAAUUUUCACCAUCCAGGAACUGAUAAUAUUAUGGCCCUUAACAGUCGGUCUUCUCUCUUUCCCUUUGAAGAUGCCUUCCUGGAUGACAGCCAUGGGGAUCAGUCCUUGUCAUCUGGCUUGAGUUCUCCCACUCGCUGUCAGAAUGGGGAACGGGUGGAACGCUACUCUCGAAAGGUGUUUGUUGGAGGCCUUCCUCCUGAUAUCGAUGAAGAUGAAAUCACUGCCAGUUUUCGCAGGUUUGGACCUCUUGUGGUAGACUGGCCUCACAAAGCUGAAAGCAAAUCCUAUUUUCCUCCAAAAGGCUAUGCCUUUCUGCUGUUCCAGGAGGAGAGUUCUGUACAAGCUUUGAUAGAUGCCUGCCUGGAAGAAGAUGGGAAACUGUACCUGUGCGUAUCAAGCCCCACCAUCAAGGACAAACCGGUGCAAAUUCGACCAUGGAACCUAAGUGACAGUGACUUUGUAAUGGAUGAUUCUCAGCCUUUGGACCCCAGAAAAACUAUCUUUGUUGGGGGAGUUCCACGACCCCUUCGAGCUGUUGAACUGGCAAUGAUCAUGGACCGUUUGUAUGGUGGUGUCUGCUAUGCUGGCAUUGAUACAGACCCAGAACUGAAGUACCCCAAAGGUGCUGGCCGCGUGGCGUUCUCCAAUCAGCAGAGUUACAUAGCAGCCAUCAGUGCUCGCUUUGUGCAGCUCCAACACAAUGACAUUGACAAACGGGUGGAAGUGAAGCCAUAUGUGCUGGAUGAUCAGAUGUGUGAUGAGUGCCAGGGCACACGCUGUGGUGGGAAGUUUGCCCCGUUCUUCUGUGCCAACGUCACCUGUCUGCAGUAUUACUGUGAAUACUGCUGGGCGAGCAUACAUUCUCGCGCAGGGCGGGAGUUCCACAAACCGCUGGUGAAAGAGGGAGGCGAUCGGCCACGCCAUGUCCCGUUCCGCUGGAGCUGAGCCCAGGGCAGACCCAGCCACAAGUACUGGAGUGGAUGACAAGGAGGGAAAGGAGAGGGCACUGCCUCAGGGCUUACUGUGUUCUGGAAAUCUGUGCAUUCGUUCUCGAUUUUUAAAGAAGAAAUGGGUCUUUUUAUUAUUAUUAUUUACAGUCAUAUUACUGAACUCAGUGUCCAGUAUAAUGCAAAACUGCAGAGUGUAUAAUGGUACUGAUUUGCACUUUGAUUCACACCUUUGUCUGCUUGGUACCUUAAUUUCACACCUGAUUUGUCACUAGUGACAGUAUGUAGACUGCCAUUCUCAUCAGUGGCCAUCAGAUUGAUGUCUGUGAUUUUUUUUCUGUUUGUUGUUGUGUUGUUGUUCUGAUUGUUUGAACUGGAGCAUGCACUUAUUUUCAGAAACUUAGAGAGUUGCCCCUAAGAGAAGACUUACCAAAGGUAAUACUCGUGAAUAGGUGGCAGAUGUAGCAAAACCUUCACAACAACUCAGCAAUCCUUAGUUGGGGUCAUUUAGAGUAAGGAUAACCCUUAAUGAAACUAAGCCUUUAGUUGCUUUCUGUUUUGACUUGUAAGGAUACCUCAUAAGCUGGAUCUUUAUUUUUUUCCUUCAUGUUUGAUUUUUGUUUUGCUGAGGAUUUUGGUUAGAUCUUUUAGUGUUAUGUAAAUUUAUGCUGCAAUAGCUUUUGCUGCUAUUAAAAUGGUAUUAAUAAUACCAUAAUCCUCUAUUCAGGCUAAGGUAUCAAUUUUAAAAAAAAAUCCAACAACAUACUUUUGUGACUUAGGAAUAGAGUCAGCUGCCGAAAGAAGAUCAGGAUAGACUUGAGAAAGCUUCAAUGGAAGGUCAAUACUUCUGACUGCAUGUUUACUUAAUCAGGUUGCUGCAUGCAAUAAAUUUUAUAUCCAGUGUCUAGUAUAAAACCUUCCCACAAUGCACAAAUUAAGAAUCUAUAUAAGCUAUAAAAUACUCAUUUUUUUUAAAGGAGAUUUUUUUCAUUCAGAAGAUUGGUAAUUGACUGGAGGAAGGCAUGCCUCAAUAAAUGGAAUGCUUCUGAAAUGGGGAAGAGCCCAUAACAGAAUGACCUAUAUUACAACCAAUAUAAAACCUAGGUGUAGGAUAUUCUUAAAGCAAAUUUGUGGAUGGUAGAUGAAGUACUUUGCGGUGCUCUGUUAUAUAUUGUGCAAUUUAUUUUAUAUAGUAAAGUGAUUAUGUCUAACUGUGAUCAAACUUAACUGUUUAAAGCCUCUGUGUCAGACAUUAACAAAUUUGACAGUUCAUAACUGAUAUAUUAUUAACUAACACAUGAGCUCUUAGUUACAAUCUCCUAGUGCUUGCACCAUUUUACAUAGCUUCAGACCUUGUCCAGAAAACCAAAGAGCUCAUCUUAGCUUACAAACACUAGGAAUAUAUACAGUAUAUAGAGAUAAAUUGUCAGAUUGACAAACUAGGCACAUUUUAAGAAAGCUAUGUAAUGUUGAUGCUAAACAAAAUGUCUGUACAAAAUAAGAUGGUCUGUGUGAGAAAUUAACUACUUAAUUCCCGGGAUUUAUCCUGUAAAGCUUGAAUAGAAUUGAGAUUUGCUAGUUCUACCAUGGACAUUUUCUUAGCAUUCACUCUUGGGCUACGGAUAGUAAUAUAUAAUACAAACAAUGAUUGUGAGAAUAUGUAAAUUGUGUUUUGUUUAUUUUUUGAAACCUUCUUCCUAUGUUUUGGAAUUCUGGGGACAAUCUGACUGGAUAUGACACUGCAGAGUAGAUUUAAUUCGCUGUUGUGUGUGCUGUGAUGUCCUUCUUCUGUCCUAAGUUACUGUUUCUUGUUUUUGUUUUGUUUCUCCAUCAUUUAGUUGCAAUUACCAGCGCUCAAGCUACUGUUUGCUUUCAAAAAGGAAAAACAAAGUAGUUUUUUACUGGAUUAAAAAUGCCUAUUAGAAUUCUUCCCCUUUGAGGUUACCUCUGGGCUUUCUGGUAAUACUCCCGUUUUCCAGCCCAGGUGUGGUUUUCUGUUUGGGUUGGUUUUUUUCUAUGUUUGUGGUUUUGAUUUUUUUUUUUCAUCUGUACAAAAAAUUUUGUUAUGCACUACUACUUUUUGUAUUUUAGACAGUUUUCAAAAGUUGGCUGAAGAUUUUUUUGUUUGUUUGUUUUUAAGGAAAAAGGCAUGCUUUCUGACUGACAUGAUCUUUUGCAAUACCUCAAUUUUGAAAUAUAGGAAAGAAAAUGAUAUUUUCUAAGUAAGUUUAUUCAGAAAAAUAUAUAUUAAUUUAAUUCUGCGAGAAAAAAUGAUUUAACAGAUGGGUAACUUUAUUUUUGUCAUGCUUAUUUGUGUUUUUUGAAAAUGAAGAAGUUAGAGCUUUAUAACUAUAAUAUUAAAGAUCAUAUCUAACCUACAGAAAUCUACCUAAUUAUGUGAAAGAAGCAAAACUUUUUGAAGAAGCACCCCUCUUUCAUGUACUAAAACAACACUGAGAGAUUAAAAAAAAAAAAGCUGGAAGAUUGUACAGCAUAAAGCUAAAGCGAAGGCGAAAAAACAUCGUCAUGAAGAAUAGGUUACACAAAAUAAACUCCAUUUGGUGCUGAAAGUUGUGAAUAGAUGGUGGAAACGACUUUCCCUUAAUUUGUAUAUUUAUAAUCAAGCGUUGAUUGUGCACGACUGACCAGGAUUGUGAAAGAGUUCUUCUGUUUGUAUUUUUUUAAAGAGAACUUUUUUAGUUUAUUAAAUUAUAACAUGUUCCCUUUUCUUUUGUAAAUAAAUGUGCCCCCAAGUUGUUAAUGUUAUAUUAAAAGAGAGGGUCCUUCAAAAAAAAAUUAUUUUUUAAAACACAGAGGUGUUCUGACCUGCAACUUGACUGGGAAGCCCCUGGCUAACACAGGGCCUGUUGUGGCCUUUCCUUGAUGUGACACUUGAACUAGUCGAUUUUUUGAAGGCUAUAACCUAACCUCGACUAUUUGUUGUUAUGUGCAAUACUGUUUGUACUGUUUGUAUAAAAAAUAGAAAAAAAAAGAAAAGAAAAAAGGCAUAAAUCUUUAUUGCAGAUUUAUUUUCAUUGCAAACUUUAGACAUUGUGAUUCACUGAAAUCAUUUUUCUACUGUCAAAUAUGUACCUUUUCUUCAUGCUGGUAUUUUUUCAAUAGUAAUGUAGCCUUUGUACUGAGACAAAUUUUCAUUGUUAUUUUUAGAAAGAUUUUUUGCUAAGAAAAAAAUUAAACAUAUUUACAUAUUUUUCAUUUUAUUUCGUAUUUUCUUUAAGGAGUGCUUUCUCAAUCAUUAAUAGAGUUGUUUCUGGGAGGGACUUUCAUAUCUGGUCAAUGUCAUAAUAUUAUUUUGUAUUUUUACUUGGAAUAAAUUAAUUUUAUGAUGCUAAUUCUUUAAAAGUUUAUUUUUUUCAUUUUCAGUUAUUUUUGAAGCUAAAACCUUUGUAAUAUUGUUACUAAAGUGUCUAGUUUUUUGAAAUGCAAAGCUUUAUGUAUUAACUUGCUGAUGUGGUUUACAAUAGUGUGACAACGAUGAAAACAGUUGGUUAUGUAAAGUGAUUGAAAAAUGUAAUGGGUAAUUGGGUAAUAAAAUGACAGAAUGAAGCAGAA